AUGACGAUGAAAACCAGCGGUCGCGGAAAGAUCUAUGCUUCGAUUACCGAAACUAUUGGCGAUACGCCGAUCGUGCGGCUGGACCGUCUGGCCAAGGCCCAUGGUGUAAAGGGCAACCUGCUUGCCAAGCUUGAAUUCUUCAACCCCAUCGCCAGCGUCAAGGACCGGAUCGGCGUCGCCAUGAUCGAGGCAAUGGAACGGGAUGGUCGCAUUGCACCGGGAAAGUCCACGCUGGUGGAACCGACCUCCGGCAAUACCGGCAUCGCGCUUGCCUUCGUUGCAGCGGCAAAGGGCUAUCGCCUCAUCCUGGUCAUGCCCGAAACAAUGUCUGUCGAGCGUCGGAAGAUGCUCAAGAUCCUCGGCGCCGAACUGGAGCUGACCGAUGGUGCCAAGGGCAUGAAGGGCGCUAUUGCACGCGCCGAGGAACUCGUCAACGAGAUCGCCGGGGCAGUGAUACCGCAACAGUUUGAAAACCCGGCAAAUCCCGAAAUCCAUCGCAACACGACAGCGGAGGAGAUCUGGAACGAUACCGACGGCGCUAUCGACGUCUUCGUGUCCGGAAUAGGCACAGGAGGCACGAUCACCGGUGUUUCCCAGGUUCUGAAACAGCGGAAACCGGACUUGCAUGUGGUCGCCGUCGAGCCGACGGACAGCCCGAUCCUGUCCGGUGGCGAGCCUGGACCCCACAAAAUCCAGGGUAUCGGCGCGGGCUUUGUACCCGGCGUUCUGGAUACCGGGGUCUAUGACGAAGUCGCUACGGUCUCCAACGAAGAUGCCUUUGCCAUGGCCCGGGAAGUCGCAAAGAUGGAAGGUUUGCCCGUCGGCAUAUCCUCCGGGGCGGCGCUGACUGCCGCCAUCCGGGUUGGCCAGCGAGACGGCAUGGAGGGAAAGUCCAUUGUCGUUAUCAUUCCGUCCUUUGCGGAACGCUAUUUGUCGACAGCCUUGUUUGAAGGUCUCUAA